AUGGAAAGGAGAUUAAGAGAAAAACUCUUACAGAAAGAGGCAAAGGAACAUUACUUCCAUUCAACUUAUCAAAAACCACACGGCGACUUGACAUCGGGAAUGCCAAUAUUAACUGUUUUCUUGGUCAAUCUCCUUUCCAUGUUGUCAUUCGGUGUCAUACUCGGGGUAGCACUGCACUGCAGCACAAGAUCCAAACUCGGUUAUAAAGGAGAUCUAUCAAUAUACGAGACAAUUGACACGAAGAUUCCAAUUAUACAAUACCUAGGACUACUUUUAGCCCCAAGGAUUUAUUUGGCUGAGAUUAUAGAUUCUCAGACGCAUAAAGAAUGCCAUCAGUAUCAAGAAAUUUUAAAUGAUAAUUCACAAAAGUGUGUUUUGAUAACGAUAGAUAUUAUACGUCGCAAUGACGGCAAUCGUCAUGAAUGGGCAUUCACAUACCUAUCAGCGACCAGAAGUAAAAAUGCUAUUCUGAACCCGUGA